CAUGACGCUUGGCUGCUACCAGCAGACUGAUGUCUCAGUGGUGUACGCCACUCUCCACAUGGGGCUGGACGGGCUUCUCUCCUCUUCAGCGUGGUCGGAGGCUGCCUCCUUCUCUACGCCCACCACUCAGCAGUUCACUGACCCAGAGCCUGAGGGCCACAACUGCUAUGAGGGCUGGGAGGAGGACCUGCUGCCUGAGGAGAGGGAGGUUCCUCUGCUAAACCUCUACCUUACCACCAAGAGAGUGGAGGACAUCGCCCUGAGGCUCGUCUCCCUGCGCCAGGCCUUCACUACCCUGCUUGGUUCCACCCUGAGCAGGAACCAUCUGUUUGUGGCGGGAAAGGUCCUCCUGGGUGCACUGGUUCAGGCCAACCACAUGGACGAGGCCAAGUUCAUCCGUACCUAUAACGACUUUGUGGACUACCUGAGUGACCCCUCCAAGCGGAAUGACAUUGAGAGGGAGCUGGCUGAGGCAAAGAUCCAUCAUGUGAACAUGAUAGAUGUCCUCUUUGAGCUGGUGCUGUUUGGGUUAAUGACAGCUCAGAAGUCCCUGAUGGUGCACCCUGGUGGGUUCGUGGAGCGUCUGUACGCUCUCCUGUACUCCUUCCUGCCCACUGCUGCCAACAUGGAGCCAGAGGCUGACAGAUACCUGCUGCUGCUCAAUGAUUCUUGUGACACUUUGCCACCCAACAGGGAUCUAGACACCAAUGCACUACAUUACUUUGCACUGAAUUUGACAUUUUUAAAUAAAAUAAGACGUUUAGCUGAGUAA